UUUUAGAACCGGUGUAUUUGCACGAUCACGCGCACUUGAAGACUGUCGACGAAGAACUAAUGCUAUUCUAAAAACGAUUCAACCAAAUCACAUAAAUAUGGAUUUAAUCAGAUCUGCUAGAAUCAAUGCAGCGAAAGAAGCUUAUUGGAUGAAUCAAUUAACUAACAGACUAGAACAUGUACAAACUCAAAUACAACUACAAUUUAUCACGGAAUUAUGUUUAUUGCAAAAAGGAUUGACUAAUCACUAUUAUGUCUUAGAUCAACAAGCUGUGAGAAUGCAUUUACCUGAGAUAACAAAUACAAAUUCAACAUUUUCAGCCUGUGAAUUAAUUGGUUCAAAUUCUCAAUUUACUGAACAAGCAUUAUUGAUUUUGUCCAACUGGAAAUUGGAUCCGUUAACAAAUAAACAAAUUAAACAUACAUUAAAAACUCCUGUCUGUCAUUUCUCUGUUGUAGUUCCUGCUACUUAUGCUGAAAGUCAUCUAUCACGUUUAUUAAGAAUGACUAGUUUAAAUGAACAAUCAUUUCAACCGAAAAAUAUAAAAACCAAUGAACAUAUUACCUCAAUUAACAAUCAAACAGAAUUUAUUCAAGUUGAUGGAAAUCAAUUAGAUUUUGACUAUGAACAACUUACCAUAUCAAUUGGAAGUCUGUCAACUUUGAUUAAUGCUAUUUAUCGGUUAUUAUUAACUAGUUUAACAGUAAUGAUGGCUAUGGGUGGAUUGCUGGUUUGUUUGCAUAUGAUUUCAAUUUUAGGACGUAUAAUUAUACGAAUUCCAGUACGUAAGGUGAGAUGA